UGGCCCAGCUCGCAGCUCCACGCGCACUCUCUGGAAGGGAGGAAGUAGGGGGCGUUUCCACGGCAACGCCCUCUCUCCUGGCUCCGCCCCCUACCUGUGCCGCCGCCUGGCUCCUCCCUCCGCUGCCUUAGGGGUGGGGCCAGAGCUCGCCCAGACCCCGCCCUUGAGAGUUGAGCUAAGCCGGACCCAGAAGCGGCCCAGGGAAUUGGGCACCAGCCGGGCGGAGGGACGCUCCGCCCAGGGGAGAAGCUUCGCGGGCAGCCAGGCCGGCGGGUAGAAUGGCUCGUGUUUUUGUGUAUGGAACCCUUAAAAAAGGCCAGCCCAAUUACCAGCACAUGUUAAAUGGUACCCAUGGGAUAGCAAAAUUCCAAGGCAGGGGGCGCACCGUGGAGAAAUACCCUUUGGUGAUUGCAGGAAAAUAUAACAUUCCUUUUUUGCUGAACAUCCCAGGAACGGGACACCAUGUUACUGGAGAGAUUUAUUCCGUUGAUGACCAGAUGCUGCAAUUCCUUGAUGAAUUCGAAGGUUGCCCAGACAUGUAUCAACGUACUCCAGUGAGGCUUGAAGUAGUCGAGUGGGAAGAUAAAAGCAGUGCACCUGAAGAGAGGCCAGCUGUUAACAGCAUUAUGGAAUGCUUUGUGUACAGCACAACCACCUACCAGCCAGCGUGGAUAAAUCUCCCGUACUAUGACAAUUAUGAUUCCUUAGGGAAUCAUGGUCUUCAUUAUGUGCUACGUGAAAGUAGAGAUUAAAAAUGGAAGGUAACACAAUGUAUUAAGAAAAUGCACUAAGCACAUGUUGAUCACAAACCUCUCUCAAGUAAAUCUAGAAUACGUUUACUGAAGCACCCAAGACCUUCUGUAACCUUUCCAACCACAAAAUCAUUGAUUCUAACAUCAUUACCAUAGAGAUAGACUCUGAUGCCAAGUCUGGCAAAAUUUUACUUAUUCCCUCAGACAAGAUGAAUAAUAGUAUUUUACUCACCAAUCAGAAACAUUGUGUUUGGGUUUUUUCUUUCUUUUGUAAAAUCAAGGUAAAAGGGCAGCUGAGUUGAAGGGGUCUUCACGCUACCUGGUAACGUUUUAUAUCAGUUUUGUAAAACUCUAGUGCUACUGCAACAGCAGCUAAUGAAAUGUGGCUGAUUUCAGUAUAUUGAAAAACCAGCUCAGGUCACUUCACGACAAUCCUCGGUCAGUAAAUGGCUCAAAAGAAAACAAUUACAGCUAUGGAAAAUGCUGUAAGGAAAAAAAAGUGAUAGAAAAGGUAGUAAAGAGAAUUAGAAAAGCCUGAAAAUAGAAUGAACUUCUCACGGGGUGGUGUAACAAACUGUUCUAAAUUUUGUCUAUUAAAGCUAACUUGAUUGUAAUAAUUGUUUGUAAGAUCUACUGGGUUUAUAAAACGUAUUAGGAUAAAAUCUUGGGAAUGUACAGGAGUUAAAUUUAAAAUCAUGUUUUUAUUUUGUCCCACUAGACCAUACCAGCACUUUUGGUGCCAUUACGGUCUACUGAGUAAAUGUGUGCUCAGGGACUUUUUAAAAGCUGAUUUUAGCUGCCCAAUACAUUAUAGCAGAUACGACUGUUUUAGCAAAGUACUUACUGAUAUAAUAGCUCGUAAGUCUCUAGGAAAUCUUUAAUGCAAAAAUGACAAAUACAUAAAAACUGAACUGAGUUUUUGUAAGCAAAAACCUUUUAAUUAAUUUUGUUUUUUAAAACACCCAAGGCCCUAGUAACAUGGAAAAACUUUACAGGGUACUUUUAAACAUGCCACUAAGAUAGAUAGAGCUUUUAUUUCAGGCUGCCUGACACACUGAGUCCCAGUUAAGUUUUCUUCACAACUGUAAGGGCUAAACACAUUUUUACUGAAACUUGGAAGAAUCUCACAUGGUUUCUUGCUAAAUAUCUCAAGCAGACAGUUUUAUCACACACUGCUCUAAAACUAGGACAUUGGAAUGGAUACACUGUUGAAUAUUGAAUUAAGUAUAGUGAUACUUGACAAAGUAAAGUGGUCUGAAUAUAGGACAGGGAGGGGGCAUGUCUAUACUACAAUCUUAAGUUGAUCUACGUUCAUAAUUACUGUGGUGGCUUAUGUCCACACUACUCUCUUUCUUACCCGGAGCACGUCCAUCAAUUGAAGAGGGGCAGUGACCCAGGGCUCUCAGCUCCCCAGUGGGAGCAGUGGGGAAGCCACCUGUGGCUUCUCACCUCUGGUGGGGGGAUCCACACCCAGAGUCCAGUCAGAGGCAUGCUCUUGGCAGGGAACUGAGAGUUGGGGGGCAGAAGCCAGGCUUUCUUGUCAAUUUCACGGCUCUGCUGACAGGAUAGGGAACAGCCAACGUAAGUAACAGUGUCAGCAUUGACACUGCAUCACCCUAACUACACUGACAUAAGCCCUAUGCCUCUGGUGGAGGUGCAGUUGGAGUUAUGUGAGUGUAGUAGGUACCCCAUUGGCCAGAGCAAGACUGUAGUGUAGACACUGACAUAAGCUGCCGUAUGUUGACCUAACUAGAGCAUAGGUUAGGGCUUAGUCAGGAUAGGAUUCAGGCCUGUCCUAAUUACUCUUUCUGUGGCCUUAGACAAAUAGCUAAGGGCUUGAGGUAGAAGGAACUCAGAAAUCAAGGUCCUACUCUCUACCACCUGGAGUAUCUCACCAUGUGAGACUGGAAAUCGCCCAGUAGCAAGGCUCUAACUUCACUUUCACCCUGAAAUGAAAAAAACCUCUUGGAUCAAACACUUCAAGCAAAGUGAGCCUUUGGGGAAAAUUUCUAACUGAAAAUGAAAGUCAAUGGGAUUUAGGUAUCUAAGUCACUUAAAUAAUUUUGAAAAUUUUACCCUUCAUCUCCAUUAUGGAGGGGCCCCUGGCGUGCUAGAUAGGAGGAUGAGAUCUUUCUAGUAAUUGUAAUGGUUAACUACUGUAGCUACUAGGAGAGAAAUUAGUGGCAUUCCUACCCAAAACAAACUACUACUAAUCCCCUCCUAGGGGCUCACUCUUGGGUAACAGUACAAUCCAGAGUAGGGCUGAUGACAGAAUUUGGCUUAGGGGAUAAACACUUAGACUGAGAAUGCAGCAACCAGGUUUGUGGGAGCUGUAGGCAUAGGGUUUAAUGCAUUCUUGUAACUGUGGAUGGGGUGGGGUGGAAAGAAACCUCUGCAAAACUACCUAAAGUGAGGAUUCUGCUCCAUGGCAGGUAGUCUUUAAAUGCAGGACCUGUUUACUUUCAGGGUAAUCUCUGCCAUUCAAGAGAGCAGGGAUGCUGCUAGUAAAAGGUUAGUAACCACUAUCUACAGCUGUAUGUUAGGAUGCUGGAGAAAUUAAUUUUAGUCUGGAAUGAAGUUUGAUCUUUGUUUAUACUCUGAUGAUUCAAAGAAGUUUCAGAUUUUGUACAACUUUCUUUGCUUCUGGUUAUUUGAGUAAAGUAAUGCAAUUCUUAUGCUCUGCUUAAAGGUGUUCUUGUAAAGCUCCAGUUUAAGUUACCAGUUUGGUAACAACUUUCAGUAAACACUUUCUCACGCUUCCUUUUGCCUGCAGUAGACAGUAAUCACAAAUCUAGAACUAAUGCUCUUUUCUUUUAAAACAAAUUAUUCUGCAUAAAAUUACCACCUCAGCUGGCCUGAGGCUCUAGAAGUAAUGUGAAGGUUUUCACCAGGAAUCACAGUUCUUUCAGCUUUGUAAGGACCACAGUGGAUUACUGGAGACCUGCAUACAUUCAUUUUUACCAGUUAGGAAUAUAGAAUUGCUUCUCUUCUUUUAUAGCAUCAACCAACGAUGGACUAUGUUUAGAGCAUCUGCUGCAUAUUUUUUUUUGUCUUGGUGGUAGUAAACUUGUUCCACAUUUUCAAAAUUCUUUCAGGUACAAUGCAUCUGAACAGAAAUCAAGCACUUAGUAGUUUUUGUUUAGGGGAAAUUGUUUAAUUACUUUUAUCAACUAUUCUGUACAGUGGGGCUCAUGCACAUUUGAAAUUGCAGAUAUUACAGUGGCGGACAUUGAAUAUUAUCUGCUUUAAAAUACAUUCAAAGAGGCUUUAUUUAAGCAGAAAUGUUCAAUUUUUAUUGAUUUAUAUUUGAUACUGAAGAUCAUGAGAAUUACAAAUCAUAUAUGUACAAUUAUUUAUAGAAAUAAAAGUCUGACAUCCAUUGGUGGUCUUAAUAUCUGUCUACUGAAUAGAGAACUUCACACUCAUAAAUACAACUGUGUAAAAUCUGCUCCAUAGGAAUGUCUGUUUUACACUUUUCUCUGUAUUAAUACUUUCAUUGUACAUGGAUAGAAAUAGAGAGUUAAUUGAUGAUAUGAAGGAAGCAUUUUUCAUUCCAGUUCUACGAGCAGAUCUCCUUCCCCAACAGUCUCACCAGCUUUACAGUGCACAGCUUUCACCUACAGUGUGAAGGUGAAAAUAAACAUGAAAUCUUCCCUGAAAA